CGGUUAUACUGGAGUGCGGACACAACUUCUGUCGCUCUUGUAUCACACGGUGUUGGGAAGAGCAGGAGAGAAACUCCUGCCCGGAAUGUAGAGAGGCGUUUGCUGACUGCACCCUCAGGGUGAAUCGGGCCUUAGCAAAUCUGGCUGAAAAAGCUCGAAAUCUAAACCUGAACCCGAAAGGGAAGGAAAGUAAACGUCACUGCAAGGAACAUGAGGAAGAACUGAAGCUGUUUUGUGAAACGGACAGGACACCGAUCUGUGUGAUCUGUAGAGACGCGCAGGAACACAGAGAGCACCGCUUCAUGCCGAUUAAAGAAGCUGUUAAAAUCUACACGGAUCAGAUAAAAUCUUCCUUAGACUCUCUCACAAAAAAGAAAUCAGACUUCCAGGAAAAGGAGCAGCAACAGAAAGAGAAGAUUUCCGGAGUUCGGGAACAGUCACACAGCCUUCAGUCCCACGUCACAUCCCAGUUUGCUGAACUGCGCCAGAUUAUCACUGAGAAAGAGCAGAGCUUACUCAGGCACCUCAGGAAAGAAGAGAAGAGGAUUCUCAACCCAAUGGAGAAAAAUCUUCGGGAGAUUCAAGAGAAUAUAAGGUUUAUUCAGGAGGAAAUCACUAAGUUAAAGGAACAGAUGGAUCAAAAAGACAGUGUGAUAUUUCUCAAGGCGGAAGCUCGUCGGAACAGAAGGAUUAAUGAUGAUAUCCAGGAAUUGUCAGUGAUAGAUGAGACCCAACCGGUUGAAAAAUUCGAUCACCUCUAUUUGUUGAAAACAGUGCUGAGAGAAACGCUUGAUGCUAUUAAUCGAGUCUCUGUCACCCUGGAUGUGGAAACGGCGAGUCCGGAUCUCGAGGUGUCUGAGGAUCGGAAGAGUGUGAGAUUGACCGGGACCUGGACGGAUCUCCCUGACACCGGGAAGAGAUUCACAAUCUGGCCUUGUGUGCUGGGAUCGGAGGGAUUCACAUCGGGGAGACAUUACUGGGAGGUGGAGGUGACGGGGAAUCGGUACUGGUGUCUGGGUGUCGCCGCAGAGUCUGGAGAGAGGAAGGGAGGGGUCAUUCUGUGUCCGGAGAACGGAUUCUGGAUCAUCGGGCGGCGUGGUGACGUGUUACAUCGGGAUUUUGACGUAAUCCUUGAUCUCACCUCCCCCGAGUUCCGUCUCGUUGCCUGUCCCAUCCCCGGGAGGGUGGGAGUUUAUCUCAGUUACGAGUCCGGAACAGUUUCAUUUUACAACGCGGAGACCAAGUCCCAUCUCCACACCUUCACUGGGAAUAAAUUCACGGGGAAACUUUAUCCUCUCUUCGCGACCUGGGAUGUAAACCAGUGGCUGAGAAUCUGUUCUGGUUCCGCUAAGGGUCUGUAAACGGGUAGCGUCCCGGGUCCGGCGUCAGGAGUAAAGUCCCUGUAAAUAUAAGUGUUCGGAGAGUGCAGCUAAAUACGUGGCUAAGGAGAUGAUGCGGGAGGGGUCUUCAUGUUUCUGGACAAUUGGGCUUUGUU